GAGGCCGCGUGCAAAAGCCAGGAGACGACCGACUAACCAGCCCUAGCCUUCCCUUCUCUGCUGCUGCCGCUGCUGCUAACAUCGCCGGCGAGCCACCUCCCGCUACUGUCGUCGCAGGACAAACCGCCUCCUCCCCCGUUGCUUUAAGAUGGACAUUGGGAUGUGCUAUCUAGAUGGAAAUGCAGAUGUAGUGGAGUUUUGCCCACACUAUCCUUUCCACCAUAUUCUGGCUGCUGGCACAUAUACUUUGCAAGAGGGAACUCAACCUCACCGAGCAGGAAGCAUAUCACUUUUUUCUACCGAUCCUGUGGUUGGUCUUGAAUUGCUCUGUCGUGUAUCAACAGUUGGUGUUUUUGAUAUAAAAUGGAGCCCAAGUGGAGAAAGCAUGCAUCCUUUACUUGCUCAAGCUGAUGCUGAUGGCUGUAUCGGUCUCUAUAACUUGUCCAAGACAGAAACAGAAAAUGAAGGCAGCAUGUUGAAAGAAGUUUGCUCAGAAAAAGUCAGUUCCUCGAUGUGUUUAUGUGUGGACUGGAAGCCAUCAGCUUGUUCUGUUUGCCUAGGCCUUUCGGAUGGUUCGAUAUGUAUGGUUACCGUCAGAGAGGCCCAAUUGCAGAUAUCACAAUCAUGGUUAGGCCAUGAUUAUGAAGUUUGGGCUACAUCUUUCGAUGCCCACCGGCCAAACUUGUUAUACACUGGCUCAGAUGACUGUUGUUUUAACUGUUGGGAUUUGCGGGCCAGUCCAUCAGAAAUAGUGUUUCGGAAUGCUAAGUCACAUCAGAUGGGUGUAUGUUGCAUUACUCAAAACCCUACAAAUACCUACAUGCUGCUCACAGGAAGCUAUGAUGAAUUUCUCAGAGUUUGGGAUGUAAGAUCAACAUCCAAGCCUGUUCAUGAGAAAUCACUUUGUUUGGGUGGGGGUGUCUGGAGAAUCAAAUACCACCCAAGUAUAUCCACUUGCAUAUUGGCAGCUUGUAUGCACAAUGGUUUUGCAGUUGUGAGCACAGAAGAAGAGGACAUCCGAGUAGUUGAAACUUAUUGCAAGCAUGAGUCAUUGGCAUACGGAGCAGACUGGCAAAAGGGAGAAAUCAGCACACAAGGAAUGCUGAGGAAAGGGGGGUUAGUUGCUACCUGUUCAUUCUACGAUCGACAUCUCCGCAUAUGGCAGCCAGAAUUUCUUAGUUGAGUAUGUCUUAUGAACCCUUUUCACAGUACCUGCACCAGUUUCAAGAGAGGAUUUAAUACAUUGCAUACUCAUCUGAGAUAAUGGUGAUAUUCCAGAAUGGUGUUUUUUCUCCGAGAAGCCCCGGGAAACCAUUGGAAGGUGCUUGUUUGACGGAUGAUGGUGUGUGAAGCCGGUGAUCGCUUACUCCUGAUGAUAAAGAGAAUAACUUGGACCCCAAGUUGCGGCUUUUGUAGCCCAUGCAGAAUCUGAGGAUGCGAUCAUACGGUGUCUUCUGUAACAAGUGGCCUAUGAUGCAGGUGAUAUUUGCUAGGAAGUGACUUCAAUGGAUUGUAGAUUACUGUUGAUGUUUGUGAUGUCUUGGUUGCAUGGGGAGAUGAGAUGUAAUGCCAAUUCAUUUUAUUCAUUAUUUAUCUAUUU